AUGACCAGCAGUCCUGGUUCCCCGCGUCGUGGCAGCCUGAUUCCUGAGGGGAUUCUGAGAGAGAUCCAGAUCAACUUGCUGGAGUGUAAAGUCUGCUUCGAGAAGUUUAGCACUCAACAGAGGGAGCGCAGACCUCAGAACCUUUCCUGUGGCCAUGUACUCUGUCUGGAAUGCAUCAAGGCUCUGUCCCACCCUCUCCUGAGGAAGCUGGAGUGCCCGUUCUGUCGACAGUUGUGCAGUGUUGACAGCACCUCCCACUGCCAGGUUCUUAGUGACCUGCAGGAGCUGCUGUUGUUGCGGAGUACCACAUCCUCUGUUCUACCUCGCAGGCCAAAAGCAGCCCUUGGUUUGGCCACAGGUUUGCGAUCCAAGGCUCUGUACCUCUCCGCAGCUUUUGGCAGUUGGGGGACUCUUAUCAACCCCACUGGAAUAGCUGUUUUGGGGUCUUCUGGGACAAUAGUGGUGGCGCAUGAUGGUGAGAAGAGGGUGGCAGUGUUUAGCCCAAAGGGUAAGAAGCUACACAGUUUUGGGCGUAGAGGAAAAGGCACUGACGAUAUCUGUUACCCAGUGGAUGUCGCAGUGAUUCCCUGUGGUUAUGUGGUGGUGACUGAUGCAGGAGACAAAGCUGUGAAGGUUUUCACCUCCAGGGGGAACCAUGUGUUGACGGUUAAGGAUUUCUUCCAGCUGCCAUGGGGUGUGGACACAGACAGCAGUGGGCUCAUCUUGGUCUCUGAUGUCCAAGCCGGCACACUGUCCUGCAUUAAAGUAGACUACACUCAUGGUACCACUCAGCAGCAUCAAAUAGUAGUUUCAGAUCUUCAGCAUCCAAAAGCAGUGGCCUGCUGCCGGGGGACUGGGAACACAGCGGUGAUAGAGCAUCUAAUCGAUGACACUCAUCCACCAGAGAAGCACCAACACACAAGGCUGAGAGUGUUUACCAAAGACUUCCAUAUCCUUUAUCAGACAGACAGUUUCAGUUUGACCCUAAAGACCUCAGUCUGGCUCAACAUGUCAGGUGUGGCGUUUGACAGAGAUGGAGAUGUGCUGGUGAUCGACUCUAAUCAGGGGAUGAUUUGGAGUUUGCGGAAGCUCCAGAGCGACCCAGUCCUAACUCCUCUUGUGAGAGACCACCUUGUCCGCCCAGGUGGGCUUGUGUCAUUGAACAAUAUGCUCAUCAUUCUGGACAGUGGAGACCACACGGUGAAGAGUUACACUUCUAAAUCUGAAAGUGGACCCAUGAAAUAGCUAAUGUAAGAACAGGGUUUGAGUACUGUUGUAUUAU